UUAUUUCAUCGCCAUUACCGACCUUUAUCCCCCCUUAAAACUCCUCCUCACCCCGCCAUUUCCUCAAACCCAAUUCUUAUUUCUUAACCCUCAUCUUUAUCAUCUCUUUGAAAUCUCAACUCUCUCUCUCUUCCUCUUUCUAAUCGCUGUUUAUUAAUCUGCUUUUUUGAUAAUUUAUUGUUGCGAAAAUGGCUCAGAAGACGGAGAAAGAGGAGACGGAGUUCAAGGUCGUCCGCGAGACUAUUGCGCCGUGCGUCAACAACUGCGGCGUUACCGGAAACCCUGCCACCAAUAAUCUCUGCCAGAAAUGCUUCAACGCCGUUUCCGCCUCAACGGCGACAAUUCCUCAUAAUUUCUCCGAAAAAUCUCCUAGAUCUACCGUCCGGAGAUCGUCGCCGGAAACAACGCGUCCAGGUGUGAGGAAACAGGAGGAUUGGAGGUUAGCAGGCGAAGAUGAAGCCAAGGUCGAUAGUUCUCCAGCUCCGCCUAGGAGAGAGGUGAGCCGGUGCUCUGGUUGCCGGAGAAAGGUCGGAUUAACCGGAUUCCGAUGCCGUUGCGGCGAGCUGUUCUGCGGCGAACACCGGUACUCUGACCGACACGACUGCUCCUACGACUACAAAGCUGCUGGCCGAGAGACGAUCGCCCGAGAAAAUCCAGUCGUGAAGGCUGCUAAGAUCAUCAAACUUUAAACUAAUCUAUACAUAAACUUGGAUCUAUUCGCUGUCGUUGCUGAUAAUCGAAGGAAUUAUCUCGCUCAACGAAGAAAUGAAAGAAGAAGUGGGGAGAAAUUCGAAAUUAAUUGUCCAUUAAAAAAAACAAAUACGUUUCUAUAGUUAGUGAUUAAUCUUUAUUAGUUUUCUUGUUUUUCUUUGAAUAAUAGUAGUAGAAUUUAAAAAGGGAAAUACUGUGAUUUUACUAUUGGUAAUUAAUUUUAGUAAUUUGGAUUGUGACGUGAACCUAUGAAUUGAAAUUUUAUCCAUCUUCCUCAA